AUGUUGCUUGAUCCUCUACCUGAUGUUAUAAAAGUAUUCAACAUGGUUAUUCAGCAAGAACGUCAUCUUAAUAUGUCUUCUUUGUCGAUUGACUUUGUUACCGAUGUUAAAAGUCUAGUUGUAUCAUCAAAUCAUAAUUCUCAAUCGCAAGGCAAUACAAAUGGAACAUUUUGUGAUAGAGGAAGAUCUAACAAUAACAAUAAAGGUCGUGGAAGAAGCUAUGGUGGAAGAGGCCAACAAGACAAUAAAUUUUGUACCUAUUAUGAGAGGACUAACCAUACCGUUGACACGUGUUAUUUCAAGCACGACUUCCCACUAGAAUAUCAAUCUAAAUUUGCAAGAAUGGCAAAUUUUGCAACUUCACUUUCUUUAGAUUCAAGAGUAUCUAAUGACUCAAAUCUUCAAGAGGUCGCUCCACUUGUUACUGGUUUCACAGAAGAGCAAUAUCAAUGUAACCGAUAUGACAUUUGGUUAAUUGAUAAUGGAGCAACAGAUCAUAUCACCUUUAAUCUCUUUAGCCUUGUCAAUUCCUUUCAAAAAUUUACCAAGAAGAUGAUUGGUUCAGCUAAGGAAUACCAUGGAUUAUACAUGAUCAAUGCACCUACACCUAAAGAAACUCAGUCUCUUAGUGUCACAACCAAUACAAUAUCUACUAAGGAUAGUGAUAUAUGGCAUCUUAGAUUAGGUCACAUUUCUGAUUCAGUCAUGAAAGUUGUUUCUAGACAACUUCCUUUUAUCCCUCCCUGUGACAUUCCCUCUCCCUAUGAUAUUUGUCAUUUCUCUAAAUAA